UAUCCACGCGGAUAGGUAAUGUCGGCAAGUAUAUUUAAGUUGGGAAUGGAUACCGUGUCGCUGUUUCUCUGAAGGCUCACAGCAGCAGCGGAAAAUUUUCUAAAUUUUUAUCAAUGGAAAUAGGAAGUUUAUUAUGUUGUAGCACUGCACCAUGCCACGCAAAAUUCACCAGCUUUGUGCCUCUCUGCAAAAAUGUGAAGCCGCGGUGCGAAGCUAGUUUCCUACAGAAUUCCUCCUCCAAGAUUAGUCGGCAAAAGCAAAGUAUUCCAAUGUUUAUAAAAAAAAGGAAUGCGUUUCAAAGUAUUUGUAAGGCAAGAGGAAAAACAAUCUCACUAACAGAUGACAAGUCAACAAUGGAGAUUGAAACCCCAGGCGAUGAAAUAAUUUCUUCAGGAGAAGAUGAAGACGAUGACUUGGUAUUGCCUGUUGAAACCCUUGAAGAGGAAGCCAAAACGUUGGCCAGAGAGCAUUCACUUUCUCUUUCUCGGCAGUUGCUGUUAGAUGAGGAUUCAGAUGAUCAAAGAGUAGACAAAAGAGCACAAAAAAGAGACAAGAAAUCAAUAAAACAACAGGUGCCUGAUCAUCUUCUUCUGAAGGUUGCUAUAGUUGGAAGACCAAAUGUUGGCAAAUCAGCCCUGUUCAACCGGCUUGUUGGGGGGAAUGUAGCAAUUGUGCUUGAUGAGCCAGGUGUAACUAGAGAUCGUUUGUAUGGUAGAUCAUUUUGGGGAGAAAACGAAUUCAUGGUCGUAGACACUGGUGGUGUCAUGACUGUUCCAAAGUCUCAUAGUGCUAGAACAGAUGGGUUAUCACUUACAAGAGGUGGAAGUCGGGAUGAUAUUGCAUGUGCUGCGAGAGAAGCAAUUGCUGCAGGAUUACCUUCAAUGAUAGAGAGACAGGCUGCUGCAGCAGUUGAAGAGGCCUCAGUUAUUAUAUUUCUUGUGGAUGGCCAGACAGGAGUCACAGCAGCUGAUAUUGAAAUUGCAGAGUGGCUGCGGAAGGAACAUUCAGAUAAAAGAAUAAUUCUUGCAGUGAAUAAGUGUGAGUCUCCACGAAAAGGGUUAAUGCAAGCAGCAGACUUUUGGUCCCUUGGGUUUACUCCUCUUCCCAUUUCUGCAAUUUCCGGUACAGGAACAGGAGAGUUAUUGGACCUUGUAUGCUCUGAAAUUAAACUCAGUGAGGCCUUGCAAGAAACAGAUGAGAUUGAAGAUCGCAUUCCUGCUAUAGCUAUUGUGGGGAAACCUAAUGUAGGGAAAAGCAGCAUUUUGAAUGCUUUAGUUGGGGAGGAGAGAAUGAUUGUAAGUCCUGUUAGUGGAACAACUCGUGAUGCUAUAGAUACAGAGAUCACUGGGCCAGAUGGACAGAAGUACCGGCUCAUUGAUACAGCUGGAAUUAGGCGAAGAGCAGCUGUAGCCUCAGGGGGCAGCAAGACUGAGUCAUUGUCUGUGAAUCGAGCAUUUCGAGCAAUAAGACGCUCUGAUGUUGUAGCACUUGUUAUUGAUGCAAUGGCUUGUGUCACGGAGCAGGAUUAUAGGAUUGGUGAAAGAGUAGAAAUAGAAGGGAAAGCUUGCAUCAUAGUUGUUAAUAAGUGGGAUACUAUACCAGACAAAAACAGUCAAACAACUUUCUUCUAUGAAAAAGAUGUCAGGGAGAAGCUUCGUGUCCUUGACUGGGCUCAAAUUGUUUAUUCGUCUGCAACAACGGGUCAGAGAAUUGAAAAGAUUAUAGCUGCUGCUGGGGCUGCUGAAAAAGAACGAUCAAGAAGGUUACCUACAUCAAUUUUGAAUCAAGUGGUGCGGGAAGCUGUGUCUUUUAAGCAGCCAUCAAUGAGUAGGGGUGGCAAAAGAGGUCGAAUUUAUUACUGCACUCAGGCAGCAAUACGGCCUCCUACAUUUGUGUUCUUUGUCAAUGAUGCAAAGCGUUUUCCAGAUCCAUACCGACGUUAUAUGGAGAAACAGCUGCGAUCAAAUGUGGGUUUCCCAGGAACACCAAUCCGUUUGCUGUGGCGCAGCAAAAAGAAGGCAGAGAAAAAAGUGAGGGAGAAAGAGAGAGAAACUACAACAGUGACAUAGAUGGUAUGUUCUAGUCAAUCCUCAAGUUGGGAUAUAAAUUUUGGUCUAUGCAGGCAGUUGGGCAUAGGUCGUAGGACUGCAGAGUUGUCAUCUCUUCUCAGUUGCCAUUUGCAAAGCUGAAGAAAGAAGAGAAGUACAAUAUAACGUCAGAAAUAUUGCUUCCGUUUGGUCUUACUAUCCUUACCUAUUUGUAAUUUCAUUCAAUACAAUAAAUUGGACAAUUCUGACUGCUUAUGUCAUUGUACAGCACCUCUCAUUACCUUUUCUAUAUUAUAAAUGCUAUUUUCUUCA